AUGAGAUCGGUGACGUUCCUCGGCGCCCCGUGCGCGGCCGUAAGGAUCGGGGGCUCGCGAUUGGCGGGCGCGGGCGGGCGUCGUCCGUUCAUCCGCGCGUCUGCGCGACGCGACGGCCGCAAGCUCAUCGUGACGGCGGUGCUCGCGGACGGUGGAGACGGGGCUGCUCUCGACGUCGACUCCGUGCUGCGCGCCAACCUGCCCUCCAACCCCGACCUCCGCGUCGGAACCCUCGCGAACGGAUUUCGAUACGUCAUCCUGCCGAACCCCACGCCGCCGAACCGCUUCGAGGCGCACCUGGAGGUCCAUGGAGGCUCUGUAGACGAGGGGGAGGAUGAACAGGGCAUCGCGCACCUGGUGGAGCACGUGACCUUCCUAGGCAGCAAGAAGCGCGAGAGUCUCCUGGGCACGGGGGCUCGCAGCAACGCGUACACGGACUUCCACCACACGGUGUUCCACGUCCACGCGCCGCUCACCAACGUCAACACGGGCGAGCCCAUGCUCCCCCAGGUCCUCGACGCCCUCAACGAGAUCGCCUUCGAGCCCGAGUUCAGCCCCCACAGGAUCGAGAAGGAGCGCAAGGCCGUGCUCGCGGAGGCGCAGAUGAUGAACACGAUCGAGUACCGCAUCGACUGCCAGCUCCUCAAGUACCUCCACCACGAGAACAACCUCGGGUGCCGGUUCCCGAUCGGCAUGGUGGACCAGGUCAAGCAGUGGCCGAUGGAGAAGAUCCGCGCGUUUUGGCAGCGGUGGUACUUCCCGGCCAACACGACGCUCUACGUGGUCGGCGACCUCCCCGGCGGCACCGACGAGACCGAGAAGCUCAUCCAGCGGUACUUCGGCGCGGUCCCCGUCCGGCUCACCGCCCCGGACGGCGCCGAGCUGGACGUGUCGCCCGAGGUGCUGGCCCUGCCGGAGGGGGGCGCGCCCGCGGGCAACGGCGACGAGCCCGCGCUGCCGCCGCCCGGGUCGGCGCCGCGGUCCCGGCACGACGUGCGCCCGCCCGUGGAGCACGUGUACGGCAUGUCGGACUGGCAGGGGCGGCCGGUGCAGGUCAUCGAGGGCACGGCGCCCGUGCGGGUGUUCCGGCACCCGCUCCUGCAGCACUUCCAGCUCUCGCUGUUCUGCAAGAUGCCCGUGCGCGAGAUCAACUCGAUGGAGGACCUGCGCUACGCGUUCAUCGUGCGCCUCGUGCUGUCGGUGCUGCAGUUCCGCAUCAACGGGCGCUACGUGCAGGACGACGCGCCGUUCAUCAGCAUCGAGAUGGACUCCUCGGACGCCGGCCGCGAGGGCUGCUGCGUGAGCACGCUCACCAUCACGAGCGAGCCCAAGGACUGGCGCGGCGCGACCUCGGUGGCCAUCGAGGAGGUCCGCCGCCUGCAGAAGCACGGCGUCUCGCGCGCCGAGCUCGAGCGCUACCUGUCCGCGCUCCUCCGCGACUCCGCGCACCUCGCCGACCAGGCCCAGUCCGUCCCCUCGGUCGACAACCUGGACUACGUCAUGGAGUCGAUGGCCCUGGGGCACAAGGUCCUCGACCACGCGCAGAGCCACGCCGCGCUCGAGGCCGUCGCGGGCACCAUCGCCGUCGAGCAGGUCAACGCCGUCGCGGCCAGCCUGCUCAGCUACAUCAGCCACUACGGCCGCGAGGACGCGCUGCUCGAGGACUUUGCCGCCAACCCCGACGCGUGGCCGGUGGAGCCGACGCGCGCGACCAGCAUCGUGGCGUGCAUCCCCGCGUACAUGGACGCGUCGGGGCACUCGACGGGCGGCGGCCCGCCCGUGCAGCGCGGCGCGUCGAUGACGACGAUGGAGCACGUGGACGUGGACACGCUGGACGACGUCGAGCCGGUGCAGCCGGACGAGGCCGAGGUGUGGGACGACCCGCCCGAGGGCGCGGUGCGGUUCGAGCUGGAGGCCGGCGAGAUCGCGGCGGCGCUGUCGGCGGACCUGGGCGAGAUCGACGCGCUGGAGGACGUGGACGUGCCGCAGCACCUGAUCGACCCGGCCGAGGUGGACCGCAAGGUGGCGGAGCUGAAGCCGGAGUGGGUGCCGCCGGCGGGGGCGGGCGAGGCGCGGCCGGCGGCGGACCCGGCGACGGGCGUGGUGCAGCGGCGGCUGAGCAACGGCGUGCGCGUCAACUACCGGCGGACGGAGAACGAGCCCGGGGCCGCGGUGCUGCGGCUGGCGGCGCCGGGCGGGCGCAGCCUCGAGGACGGCGCGCUCGCGGGCGCGGGCUUCGGGAGCGUGGGCGUGGGCGUGCGCGCGGCGAGCGAGUCGGGGACGGUGGGGGAGUGGCGGCGCGAGCAGGUGGAGCUGUUCUGCAUCUCCAAGCUGAUCAACUGCAUGCUGGAGACGGACGAGGAGUUCGUGGUGAUGGACUUCCACCUCGCGGUCCAGGACGGCGGCCUGCAGAGCGUGUUCGAGCUCAUGCACCAGUUCCUGGAGGCGCCGCGGUGGGAGGAGUCGGCGCUGGAGCGGUCGAAGAAGAUGUUCGUGUCGCACUACCAGAGCAUGGCCAAGAGCCUCGAGCGCGCGACCGCCGACCGCAUCAUGGACGCCAUGAUCGGGCCGGACCGGCGCUUCCGGGACCCCACGCCCGAGGACGUCGACGCGCUGCAGCUGGGCAAGGUGGCCGCCAUCGUGACCGACAUGCUGCGGUCGAACAACCUCGAGGUGAACAUCGUGGGCGACUUCGACGAGGAGGAGCUCGAGGGCCUCCUCCUGCGCUUCCUCGGCACGCUCCAGCCCACCGACCAGGUCCCCGCGUGGGUCGAGACCCCCCCGCUGGCCUUCCUCGCGCCGACGCCCGAAACCGGCGCGCAGCGGUGGCACCUCAAGGACUCGGACGAGCGCGCGUGCGCGUACAUCGCCGGGCCCGCGCCCGCGCGCUGGGACGUGCCCGCGGAGCUCCGCGGCCGCGGCGCGCUCGACGCCGCGCCGCUCCCGCUCCCGGAGCUGAAGCUCCCGCACGAGCUGAUCAACGCGACCGCGGAGGAGGCGGCGGCGGCGGCGGCGGCGCGGCGGCGGCACCCGCUGUACCGCUCGUCGACGCUGAUGCUGCUGUCGGAGGUGAUCAACGCGCGGCUGUUCACGACGGUGCGCGACUCGCUCGGGCUCACGUAUGACGUGUCGUUCGAGAUGUCGCUGUUCGACCGGCUGCCGCACGCGUGGUACGUGGUGUCGGUGACCUCGGAGCCCAAGAAGAUCGACGCGGCGAUGAACGCGUGCGUGCGCGUGCUGCGCGGGGUGCGCAACCAGGCCAUCACGCCGCGCGAGCUCGCGCGCGCGCGCCGGACGAUCAUCGCGCGCCACGAGACGGACCUGAAGGACAACGGGUACUGCCUGGGUCUCCUUACGCACCUCCAGAGCGACGCGGUGCCGCUCAAGACCAUCGACUGCCUCAAGGACCUCGUGCCCAUCUACGAGGCGUGCACCAUCGAGGACGUGUACGACGCCUACAACGCGUUCGACUUCUCCGAGGGCGCAGUCUUCACCUGCAUCGGCACCAGCGGCAAGGACGCGCCGCCGCCCCCGCCCGCGGGCGCGGCCGCGGGCGUCGGGCGCGCGGGGCAGGGCGCGAUGACGCCCGAGGACAAGCAGGCGGCGCUGCGGGCGAUGGAGGAGUUCAUGAAGACGGGCGGCUUCAUGCAGGCGCUGCAGAAGAUGAGGGGCGAGCAGCAGGAGUAG